AUGGACAAGUCGUCGUAUCUGUUUAUGAGUAAAAGAAAAAGACUCAAAUUUUCAUUCAGAGCAAUGGAUAAAAACUCAAGUACCGACAGCAAUAUAUCACUCGAUAGCUUGGAAACUAAUUUCAAACGUAAGCCAUUAUCAAAAUGUAGAAAGUCCGAUGAAAAUGUUGACACAAUUCUUGUACCGUUUUAUGAAAAGGAUGUACUCAUAAAGGUACCAAAAGAUCAGCAUAGAAAGCAAAAUAAUUCAGGUAACAAGUUUCUUAAAGCAAAUGAAAAACUAAAAAGGGAGCUGACACAAGCUAACAGUUAUCUGGUCAAUAAGGAAAGAGACUCGAAGCCAAAACGACUCACAUACCUGGAGAUGUUUCGUAAGCAGUUCGCGCCAAGUCAUGUUGAUAAGAAAAAAGAUAAAAAUGAAAUACGGUCAUUAUCACCUGAAUUUGGAGACACUGAACGAGAAAGUAUCGGUGAUGAAACUAACAAUCCCGUACCAGAGUUUUACAAUACCGAACCUUACAAUGAAAUGUAUUAUGAAAAACUUCUGUCUCGUGGCAUACAACAUUAUUUGGAUAAUUCAUAUGAAGAACGCGAAGAAGAAUUACAGUUUACUGAAGACUUAGCUAUUAAAGCCGACCAUAUUCGUGAUCCAAGUCCUGACAAUCUUAGAAGUGUAUCAGAGGUAACAAAUUCUCGACGUCAUGUUCGACGAGCUACCAUUGAACCCAUACAAAAUUUGAAACUCGGUGGAUUGGGACCGGACCUAGAACGAAUCAAACCGAGACUAGAAAGAGCAAGGAGUCUACAAAGAUAUUCCGAAAAAGUAAGGAUGGAAAACCGUCUCAAGAUAUACAAAAAAACUUAUCAAGCAGAAAUAGAAAAGAAAACUGAGAGGGACUCGUCAGCAAAGCGCAGAGAAAUAUCGGUAAAGCGCGAAGACACAGCGAAGGAACCAGGCGCCAAAUUAGACGUUAAUCCAUCUUAUUUAAUUAAUAAAUCGACCAAUGACAAGAUUCCCAAAACUAUCAAGAAUCCAUAUUACAAAUCAAAAUCCGCUGGUGCUCAGAGGAUCAGAGAGAGAAAUUCUGAAAAGGAAAGACUGAAGCAGUCCGCACCGAAAAAACGAGAUACCAACGUUAAUCAGAAAACUGAAGCUAAACCAAAGAUUGAAAAUAAGCCUGAUGUUAACGUGCAAAUGAGGGCUGAUGAGAAAUCUAAGGUGAGGACAAAAUCUAGUUCGAAAAACAAGGGAAUUAAUACGGAGUCUGAAUCUGAAAUGCCUCCAGUCCAAAUUAGUUUCAUGGUUAACGUAGGUGGAGUUCGUCAAUCUAGCGCUUUGAAAACGCUAGAGGAAAAACACCGAAUGUAUCAAGAACAAGUAAAAGCUUUCAUGGAAAACAAUAACAACGGGUAA